GCGUAGAGGUUUAAUCAGGCAAAAUAAUUGAAAACACCUGUGUUGGUGGACCAUAGCUGUAUGUUACAGGGGAUUUGGCAUUUUCAAAAAUACAUUUUUCUGUCUAAUGUGAACAUACAUUAUCCAAAGCUCCUUAGAAUGUAAGGCAGCUGACAUCUGAAGUCACUUUAAAGGCCUUGAAUGUCAGCAAACAUGUCAAAGUCUUCUGUUUCACCACGCAUUGCGCUUGUAGUGAAACCCUGUUGCUUCAGUGUGUGGACUGGAAAGGCCAUAUAAGGCAGAAGAGCUGUGUUGGACCUUGAGACCGGUGUCUCGUGAUAGACACACUAAAGUAGACUUCAACAUGUGGUUUAUACCCUCCAAGCGCCGGCUGAUAAGAUCUCUUUGUAUGGAGCGGGAGAGGAGACAUGUUUAAGAUCCGUUCUGUCCCAGAUCUAACAUAACAACGGGAUUCAGAGUGCAGAAAACGCAGCGUGCAUGGUGAGAGUCGUGCGAAAAUGCGCAGCUGAGGUGUGAAGACACGCUGUGGAACUUGGAUUUUCACGACAACACAACUUUCAUUUCCACGGAUGAAUUAGCCAGUGCUCAUGGAAGAGAGGGCAUGACCUGAGGAAGAUUGUUUUCCAGCGCACGCGGAAGAGUGACGUGCUCCAGCUCCGCUUUGACUGAUGCGUCUUUGACUGUUUUGGUGCCCAUGUGCUGUUACACGUCAAGCCACCCGGUCUCUCUCUCUCUCUCUCUUCUCUGUCUCUCUCUCUCUCUCUCUGCCUGUCUCUCCGUUAUAUCCUCGCUCACAACAGCUACAGUAUCAGUUACCGGGUCCCGACCAAUCCCGGCGCGCUGUCAGAACUCGAUAGGAGACAGAGCAGACCGGAGAGAGGCAGCAGACAGAGACAGGGGAGGAGAGAAAAAGCGAGAGGAGCACACGCACACCCAACCGUCUAUCUACCCCUCCAUCGUCGAUCCUCUCGUUCACUUCCUCCCAGCAGCCUCCCUCCGUCCUAUCCUCCUCACCUCACCCACCAAGUCCUCCUGACUGCAGCUGUUUAGGUUAACCGGGGAGGCGCGAGGCAGGAUGCGCGAUGGGACAAGCGUGCGGACACGCGCUCCUCUGCCGUAGCCAGCCGCCGUCCUCCGAGAUACGCGGUCAGCAAGUGUUUCUGCGUCCUGAGGAGAGUUCAGCCCCAGCCCUGACUACCAGACAGUCCACCACGUUGUCUGAACAGCUCCAGGAUGGUUUGUUGCGGCUGGCAGCGGUUGUCGACUCGCGAACGCUGCGAGUGGCCCUUCGAGACAGCAUACAGGAGCUGCUACCCAGCACGGAGUGCGUAUGUGUCUACAUGCUGGAGGGAGACUCGAGGCUGCUAUCUGACGACCCGCCACAUGAACUGCCACAGGAAGGAAAGAUCAGGAGCAUCGUGGACCAGCUGAAGAGAUGUCAGUGUGCCGGCCUUCCUUUGUCUGAACUGCCUGAGAAAUACAGAAUCUGCCUUGCAGCACCGCUACCAGCACACAGAAGAGCUGUUGUCAUUCCUAUCUUGGACCAGGACCAGGACAAGGCGAUCGCUGUCUUACUGGUGGGCUGUAAUCUACUAUCCGAUCAGGAUGAACUACAUCUUGACAUGCUGGAAAAACAUGCCUCAGUGGCGUGCGUGCGAGUCCAAGCUGUUCAGACGUCCUACCAGAGGCCUCCUCUUAGCCCCUCUCCCUUACAGUCCCACAAUGCACUACUGCCCCUCAACGUCUCAGACCAGGACUACUGCGAACUGGACCGCAACAUCCUGCAACUCUGUGGUGAGCUCUUUGACCUUGAUGCAGCCUCUCUCCAGCUCAAAGUCAUCAAUUAUCUGCAGCAGCAGACUCAGUCGCAGUGUUGUUGUCUGCUACUGGUGUCUGAGGACAACCACCAGCUUUUCUGUCAGGUAGUUGGAGACAAAGUCCUGGAGGAAGAGAUCAGCUUCCCGCUGAUGUUUGGACGCUUCGGUCAGGUGGUCGAGAAGAAGAAGUCAAUUACUCUCCAGGACAUUAGUGCUGAGGAGCGUAGGCAGCUGUCCAGCAUGUUGGGCUGUGAGAUCUCCUCCAUGCUGUGUGUACCAGUGGCCAGCAGGGCCACCGGCCAGGUGGUGGCGCUGGCUUGCGCCUUCAACAAGCAGGGCGGGCAAAAACACACAGAGGCAGAUGAGCAUGCAAUCCAGCACUGUUUCUGCUACACUUCGACAGUCCUCACUUCAACUUUGGCCUUCCAGAAAGAACAGAAACUCAAAGUGGAGUGCCAGGCACUCUUACAAGUGGCCAAGAAUCUCUUCACACACUUGGACGAUGUAUCAGUGCUGUUACAGGAAAUUAUAGUGGAGGCCAGGAACCUCAGUGAUGCAGAGAUCUGCUCAGUGUUCCUGCUGGAUCGAGUCAGUCAUGAGUUGGUGGCGAAGGUGUUUGACGGGGGCGUGGUUAGUGAUGAGGAGAAGGAGUUUCGUAUUCCUGCAGAUCAGGGUAUUGCAGGUCACGUGGCAACCACUGGUCAGAUCUUGAACAUUAAGGACGCCUACUCCCAUCCUCUUUUCUACCGCGGUGUGGAUGACAGCACCGGCUUCAGGACCCGCAACAUCCUCUGCUUCCCCAUCAAAGACGAGAACAAUGAGGUGAUCGGGGUGGCUGAGUUGGUGAAUAAAAUGAAUGGGCCUUGGUUCAACCGCUUUGACGAGGACCUGGCCACUGCUUUCUCCAUCUACUGUGGUAUCAGCAUCGCCCAUUCUCUGCUCUACAAGAAAGUCCAUGAAGCUCAGUUCAGGUCCCACCUGGCCAAUGAAAUGAUGAUGUACCAUAUGAAGGUUUCAGAGGAAGAGGUGUCUAAGCUGCUGGUUUCGGGCAUCGAACCGGUGAAGGAGAUCCACCCCUGCUUCGCCGAGUUCACAUACACACCUCGCUCCCUGCCUGAUGACACCACACCCAUGUGUAUCCUCAGCAUGUUUGAAGACAUGGGUUUCAUCAACACAUACAAGAUUGACCUGCGCACUCUGGCCAGGUUCUGUCUGAUGGUAAAGAAAGGCUACAGAGACCCUCCCUACCACAACUGGAUGCACGCUUUCUCUGUCACACACUUCUGCUACUUGCUCUACAAAAACCUAGGGCUGUCCAACUACCUCGAGGAUAUAGAGAUUCUUGCUCUCUUUGUCUCCUGUAUGUGCCAUGACCUUGACCACCGUGGCACCAACAACUCAUUUCAAGUCGCCUCGAAAUCAGUGCUGGCUGCUCUCUACAGCUCAGAGGGAUCUGUGAUGGAGAGACAUCACUUUGCCCAGGCCAUCGCCAUUUUGAACACUUUCGGCUGCAACAUCUUUGAGAAGUUCUCCAGGAAGGACUACCAGCGUAUGUUGGAUUUGAUGAGAGACAUCAUUCUUGCUACAGACCUGGCUCACCAUCUUCGCAUUUUCAAGGACCUGCAGAAGAUGGCUGAUGACGGAUACAAUCCUAAAAGCCCUACCCACCGCUCCAUGUUGCUGUGCCUGUUGAUGACAUCAUGUGACCUGUCAGACCAAACCAAGGGCUGGAAAACUACACGCAAGAUUGCUGAGCUGAUUUAUAAGGAGUUCUUCUCUCAAGGAGAUCUGGAAAAAGCCAUGGGGAACAGGCCCAGUGAGAUGAUGGACAGAGAGAAAGCAUACAUCCCAGAACUACAGAUAAGCUUCAUGGAACAUAUUGCCAUGCCCAUUUACAAGCUGUUAUCUGAACUGUUUCCUGGGGCCACUGAGCUGUAUGAGAGAGUGGCAGCAAAUCGGGAGCAGUGGACCAAAGUGUCCCACAAGUUCACCAUCCGUGGGUUGCCAAGCAACAACAGCCUAGACUUCCUGGACCAGGAAUAUGAGCUGCUGCAGUCUCAGGGGGCUUUUGGGAGUGACGACCAAUGUCUCAAUGGUUGCCUUGAAGAAGCAGAAGGAGGGAGGGGUCAGUGACACCAGCAGGCGGAUGAUGGUUUCUUGAAGCUUUCUGUGGUCCAAUAAGAGGCUGAGGAUACCUUUUUAGUGACCUAAGAGGGAGGGAUCUCUCUGCUGUCAAUCACUUAGAUGACUUAGCAGGCCAUGCAGAAUGGACAGGACAAAGUUUCAAACUAACUGAAUGAGACAAGGGAUUUGAAAUGUGUGGAUCCAUCUGAGCCGGUUCAGUGAUUAGAUGCUACAUGUUGCUUGUGUUUCCAGUUCAGGAAAGCAGAAGGUAGUGACUUUAUCUUUUUCAGCAGCUGUACUGGAAAAAUAAGUUUUGCCACAAGUCACAAGCUCAUUCAUACAGUACUGAUCCUGAUUGCGAUUGUAUAAACAUACACACACACACACAUGCACACACUUACAGGUACAUAUAUGUACAUGCACAUCCUGUUCAGACACAAAACAGAGAAAACAAAAAAUAAUUCGUAUGGAAAAAGACUACUUCAACAUGUAACAGUGAGAUCAAGUGCUAUACUUCUGUUAAAUGUUUCAUAAUAGCUUAUACUGAUUUAAUUGGCUAAGCUUUGUUCACACACAAGCAACUGCCAUAGUCCCUCACCUGAUGCUUAUGAAUGCAUGCUGUAUGGACACCUCAUGUAUUAUUCCUUUUGUCUUUGUCACUGUUGAUUUCUCCAUGGCUAGGAAAUUAAUGGAGUCCAUUUUUGUACCAUCAGAACAGAUUUUUGUACUCAGCUUUUCAACAUAUAUUUACUUAAUUCAUUACAUCCGGGAUAUUGUACCAGGGAGGUUUAGUUCAUGUACUUACAUGACGUUAUAAAGCUCAUUUGUCAUUUUGGGGUUGUUUAAAGGACAAUAUGACAAUCACUGAUCAAUGACAGUCACAGGUUCAUAACACCCCACUCCCUGCAUAAACGGUUAAAAACACACAGCCUGUGCAGAUUAACUGCAUGUCAGUGCAUCAAGUGUGCAUCUACACCUCAAACAAAAGCCACUCAUGAACUAAAACACACUCUUGGUUUAUUUUUCAUAGCCAUCGUGCCCACUCCCUUGCACCUUUCUUGCUUACCUUUUAGUUCACUGACUCCCUCAAAAAACACUUUAGAUGGAGAGCAACCGAAGCCCUUUAAAAGAUCCAUUUCAUCUGUUUGUGUAAAUGUGCCAGAGUAGAGCGUGUUAUAUGGAGUGUGUCACUGAGUGUGCCAUAUGGAUCUGCCUUAUUGCGCAUCUUUGCUGCCUUUCUUAGAGCUUUUAAUAUAUGAAAAUUGAAAUAAAGAGUGUUUAGUAUGUAUGUUGUAUAUUUGUUAUAGACAUAGUUUGAGUAUCAGUGUGUUGACUAUGAAUGAUCAACGUGUUUAAAAGAUGUAUAUUUGUGAAAUACUUGCGUGGAGACCUCAGAUCUCUAGUCAUUUCAUUUCUUUCUAUUUUAAGUUAUGUAUACAACCACCAGUGAAUACUAGGCAGACACAAAAGCAUUUUUUCAGUUCUCACUGCACUCAGAAAUUGUUUUAAAGAAGGAACUAGAGAUGUAGCCGUCACACAAAACACUGUUUCCUGAAGGAAUCAACAGUCCGUUACUGCUGCAUCCCAAAGGAAAAGUUUUGAAAAUUGGAGUUUCUUGGGUUGUGCCUAAUGUAAAAAAAAAAAUAAAUAAAAUUUAAAAAAUCAACCAAAAAAACAACCACUUUUUGGGGGUGGGGGGGGGGUUACAGUAUGCCAUUACCUUAUAAUGUUGAAAUGCUGCAGAGUUAGGGUAAGAAAACCACACAGCAGUUACACAAAGAGAAACGUCUGUAGCCUAAUGGCCACCACUGUACUGUAUGCAGGCCAUUAAGUGGAUGGGUGGGAGGGUGUGUAGAUGAGAAACAGAGAGAAAGGUGCUGUGCUGAGAAAGUGCUGUUAGUUGAUUUAAGAGACUUGUGAUAGUAUAACCAGUCCUUACAAAGUAAUGAAGAUGCAGGUGCAAACUUCAAGUGAUCACGUACUGUUUCUUCAGUGAUGUUCCCCUUUAUACAGCUCUGAUUAUGCUAGUGGAGGUAGAUGAAAGCAAAAAUAUUUCAGUCAUGAGAGUUAAAUAUUUAUUUUCUCUUGGAGCAGUUCUCAGGAGGGUGUUUAAGGGGGAAAGGUUAAUUGGUUAGCAAAGUGGUUUGAUGUAUGUGUUUUACCUGCACUGGAAUAUGCAUUAGUGUGAUUGGAUGAAACUGUUUGAUGAGUGUUUGUAGAAGGGUCUCUCUCUCUCUAUCUCUCUCUGUCAGGCUCUUUCUGUCACACAUGGGUUUUCCAAUUUCUGUUAUUUUUAAACCACUGUUUCAUACGUACCUGCCUUUUUCAUGUGCAAUAUGAAGUGUCUGCCUCUGUGAUGUUGCAAAGAUCCCCAUGUAAAUACCUAUGCCUCUUGUUAAAUUAUUACUUUAGCUCUUAUUUCCCAAAGGCAUUUACUGUUUGACCAUGAUGUUUCCUCUGAAAAAAAAAUCAAAUGUCUGUGACAGUUUUAAUCCUAAAAUGCUUAUGAGAGUCCAGACUUAGCACAGCUGAGUGUGUAUCUGUCCUUUUAUGUUCGUUUUAGAGAGUCAGGGCCAAAUGUGUCAAGCAAACAUUGUCUACUUCCUGGCCAAGUUACGUAGUGAAAAACAUUCAUACCUACAAUUGUUUUUUGUUCUCUAAUGUUGGUGUGAAGUCGAGGGCUGUGUUCUUAAAAAGCUUUUCUGAUACAUCAUGACCAGGUAUGAAACUGUGGCUCAUCCAGGAAGUAUGAACCCCAUCUAUUUCCUGUCAUCACAGAACAGAAGGACUCUAACCUGUGAUGUAAUGUCAAUGUAACGAUCACCUGUGACAUAAUUGUUAAAAGUGACAAAAAUAUAAUUGCUGUAAAUAUCAAAGUUUUAAAAGAAAAUCUUACUUGAUUGUCUGUCAUUAUUACAAUGGGAAGUAUUUUCAAUUCUGUAAUGUAUUUAAAGUGGUUGCAUCCUGUUCUCUUUUUUUCAUGCCAUUUUUGAACAACCCUAAACUUAGACUUUUAGACAGAGGGGAUGAAAGAAAACUAUAUAUAUUUGGGAUAUACAUGUGAUAUUCUACCACAAGUGAGAAUCCAACCUAAUCUGACAUGUAUACAUGAUGCUUAUACUGAGGACGAAAUCCAGCCAUCUCUUAAAUAUUUGUUUUGUUGACUUCUCAGUGCUGGUAGUCUUGUUUUUCUUCAGAUGUGACGAAAAAGGACUUUUUGACAAGACAAAUGGAUGACGUUUUGAUUUUUUUUUCUUUCUUGGAAUAAAUCUGGUGAAAGGCU